AUGAGAUUCUCAACCUCUUUACUCGCGGCCGCGGUGACCUUUGACGUCGCCUUUGCGGGGCCGACCUUUAUAAGGGACAAGCAGAAUCCUCUUCGUUUUCUCACAUAUAACGUGCGAUACGAUUCCAAGUCUGACAAAAUCAGUGUCAAUCAGACGAUUGCUUCACUCCCUAGUGGCGCACCCAUCCAGCCAAACCCGUACUACAAUCAGACAGUCGAGCGGCCAUGGAGUGAAAGACGAAUCGGUGUCUCAAACGAUGUCCUAUUCCCAAAUGUAGACAUUGUCGGUUUUCAAGAAGUUUUAACCCGUCAAGUCGACGACCUCCAAGAACUCCUCGGUCCAGACUGGGCACAUAUCGGAGUCGGACGAGACGACGGCAUCAAAGCUGGGGAAUACUCUGCCGUCUUCUACAAACUUUCAUCCGUCGAACUAGUCUCCUGGGACACAUUCUGGCUAAGCGACACCCCCUUUGAACCCUCCAAAUACCCCGGCGCAGGCUCCUUCCGAGCUUGUACGACGGCCCAAUUCAAAUCCUCGCUUGGACGUUUCACACUGCUAAACGCCCAUCUCGACGAUAGCUCAGAUAAGCAACGUCGUCUUGCCGCAUCUCUCAUGCUCCGUCGUGCAAAAUACGAGGCCAUCAAGACUUCUCGUCCUGUCUUCCUGACGGGAGACUUCAAUUCGCCGCCGACAGGUCAGGAUGGUGGCGCGUAUCAAAUCACCACCGGUGCUCUCGGACCUCUUCCCAUCAACUCUACUUUUGAAGAAAAGUAUAGUUGGAAGCCAAAAGAUGAGAAGCCAUUUGGAUUGACCGAUUUGGCAGUAAAGACGCAGCCAAGGUACAGAAGUGGAAAUUAUGCUACUUUCACGGGGUUCAGCGCUGUAGGUGAUACAAGGAACUACAAAAAGUUGGACUAUGUGUUUGGUGGGUCUACUGGUGAGGCUUGGGGGGUGGAGAGUUAUCAUGUUGGGAGUUCGCUUUAUGAUAAUGGGAGUUGGAAUAGUGAUCAUCGUCCUGUUUACGCUGAUAUUGUGAUGGAGAAGUGA